AUGGAGAAAGAAUUGAUCCGAUUAUAUGAAGCAGUGAAGAAGGCGGCCGAUGCGGCCACGACCUCAACCGCCGGCGAGGUCGAAGAAAAUCGAUGCCUUGAUGCGUUCAAGCUCCUCAAGAAGUUUCCCGUCAAUUAUCAAAUUUUGGCAUCGACACAGGUGGGAAAACAUCUAAGAGUUCUUACAAAGCAUCCCAAAAAGAAGAUCCGGGCUUUCGCUAUGGACUUGUUAGAUAUAUGGAAAGCUAAAAUCAUGAAGGAAAUCAGCAAAAGCAAGGAGGAAAAAGUUUAUCAGAAGGUUUCAGAGGCUGAGAAAACUAAAUGGAAUAGGACCUCAAGUUCCCAAAACGGAAAGACUAAGGCUGACGUGGACGUUGCCAAGGCUGAGAAAAAUGAUAGGAAUAUUGAGACAUCAACCUCCGAAAAUGUAAAGGAAAAAGAUUGCAAUGUAGUUACAGGAGAGAAAACUGUUUCUGUUGCAAACAUGGCCAAGGAUGAGAAGAAGCAAGUUUCUGGAAUACUAAAUGAGGCACCCUCAAGCCUUGUUGCUACUUCAAAGCAGGAAACUAUGAUUAAAACUAACGAUGAAAGGCGAGACAAAAUAAGGGAAAUUCUUCAUGAGGCAUUCUCUAGAGUUUCAGGGGAGGCUGAUGAAUCAAUCAAGGAUCAAGUUAAAACUUGUGACCCUGUUAGAGUUUCUGUUGCAGUGGAGUCUGUGCUAUUUCAGAACUGGGGCCAUUUUAAUGGGGCUCAGAAGAUCAAGUACAGGUCUUUGAUGUUUAACCUGAAGGAUCCGAAGAACCCAGAUUUCCGAAGAAGAGUUCUGCUCGGAGAAUACUCGCCGGAGCAGCUCGUGGAGAUGAAAACAGCAGAAAUGGCAAGUGACACGAGGAAGAAGGAGAACGAGACGAUCAAAAGGAAAGCUUUGUUUGAGUGUGAGCGUGAACAGAAACCAAAAGCCACAACUGAUCAGUUCAAGUGUGGGAAAUGUGGAAAGAGAGAGAGCAUCUUUCACCAGAUGCAGACUCGGAGUGCUGAUGAACCUAUGACCACAUAUGUUACCUGCGUUUCAUGCAAUCACCAUUGGAAGUUCUGUUAG